AAAUAGAUUUUUGUUCUGCUGAAUCUGCUUGGCUGGUUCACGAACCAAUAGAGUUAAUAUUGGCAACAAACCUUUUGUUUUGUUGCCCAAGGUCAGCUUCGAUUGCAAUGGCAACCACUGCCGUGGGUCCGACUUCUUUAGUUUUACGAUAUUUCUCUGGUCCCUCUUGUUUUUGUUCAGCUAAACAUCAAUCCUUGAAUUCUUAAACUUAAAUCUUGAUUUCUACUAUAUUCUUUUCACAAACAACAGUUUGGAAACUGGGGUUUCUUGAAUUAUCUUCAUGGGCACCUUGAAAAAAAGAAAAAUUGUUCAAGUUUGAUUAAUACAGGAUAUUUUAGAUCAAAUUAGCACUUUAAAGUCUAGGUUUCAAGAGAGUAGUGAUAGAGCUUAACUUUGCUUUUCCUUGUAGCAAAAAAUAAAAUAAAAAGAUUUCACUGGGGUAUGUAAUUGAAAACUUAUUGGAUGGGAUUGGGUGGUCUAGGCUUGUCUGAAUGAAAAUUCUCAGCGAUGAAACAAAAAGGAAAUAAUAAUAAAAUCUCAAAAGGAGAGCAAACAAAAAAAGAUGAAAGAUAAAGUAGAGAAUAAAACCAAACCAACUAGGCAUUCAGCAAUUAGCUGUCAGUAGGGUUUUCCACAUUCUUACAUGUUAACCUUUAAUAGUUCAAUAAUAGCAACCUCAGCAACAUGCCAUGCCUUAAUUCGGUGGAAGACGGCUUCUCAAAUCUCAAAUGGUCACUUAAGAUUUAGAGGUCAAGAUUCAAAUCCUACUUGUAAGGCAUGUUAUAAUAUUUGUUGAUUUGUAAAUUGUAACCAGAAAACUAAAUUCCCUUGCCAAAAACUAACAUCUCGUGGGAUUCAAGCCCUACAAGCGUGAGGUUGACUAAUCAAUGAAAGUAAGGCAUUCUUGUGAUGUGAACUAUCAUUUCGACAUGGGGUUUCUUUGUAGAUUUUCCUGAGAGUUCUGCUAAAUGGUUUGUGCAACUACGUGUUCAUAGUGUUGGAUCGUUCACUUUUUCGUAGUUGUUAGUGCUACCAUGUAAGCAUGUUUUGUCAACAAGAAAAGGGAUUGGUGAACUACACUGACUCGAGGGCUUAGCUUGCGAAAUCAUCAAGAAACCUGUUCGUGCCAGCCUCAGACAGGGAGGAGAAGCUUUCUCAUUGAUUGGAGAAAGUAAUUACUGCUUAAAUGGCUAAAGUUUGUUGGCCAUACUUUGAUCCUGAGUAUGAGAACUUGAGCACUAGGAUUAAUCCUCCAAGGGUAUCUGUGGACAACACUAGUUGCAGUGACAGUACCCUUAUUAAGGUUGACAGCAUGAACAAACCAGGAAUUCUCCUGGAAGUUGUGCAAAUCCUAACCGAUCUUGACCUCAUUAUCACCAAAGCUUAUAUCUCCUCAGAUGGUGGUUGGUUCAUGGACGUAUUUCAUGUCACUGACCAACAAGGAAAGAAGAUUACGGAUCUUAAAACCAUUGACUACAUAGAGAAGGCUCUAGGACCUAAGGGCCAAGAACAAGUGACUACUUGGUCAGGCAAACCGGUUGGAGUGCACUCUGUUGGUGAUCACACUGCCAUCGAACUCACUGGCAGGGAUCGCCCUGGUCUCUUAUCUGAAAUCUCAGCUGUCCUUGCCAACCUUCACUUCAAUGUGGUUGCUGCUGAAGUUUGGACCCACAAUAGGCGGAUAGCAUGUGUUGUCUAUGUCAAUGAUGACACCACAUCCCGUGCUGUAGAUGACCCUACUAGAUUGUCUGCAAUGGAGGACCAGCUCAAGAACAUUCUACGUGGGUGUGAUGAUGAUGAGAAGGAGGGUCGUACUAGUUUCUCCAUGGGGUUCACUCAUGUUGACCGGAGGCUGCACCAAAUGUUGUUUGCUGAUAGGGAUUAUGAAGGUGGAAUAGUGGCAACUGAGAUUCAUGAUCCUCCUUCCUUCAAGCCAAAGAUCACAGUUGAGCAUUGUGAGGAAAAAGGAUACUCCGUGGUCACUGUUAGAUGCAAAGACCGUGCCAAGUUAAUGUUUGACAUAGUGUGCACUCUCACAGAUAUGCAAUAUGUAGUUUUUCAUGCUACAAUCUCAUCUGAUGCCCCCCAUGCAUCACAGGAGUACUAUAUUCGUCAUAUGGAUGGUUGCGUGCUUGAUACUGAAGGGGAGAAGGACAGGGUUAUCAAAUGCCUUGAAGCUGCGAUUAGAAGAAGAGUGAGCGAGGGUUUGAGCCUUGAGCUCUGUGCGAAGGAUAGAGUAGGCUUGCUUUCUGAAGUUACAAGAAUUCUGCGAGAGAAUGGAUUAUCCGUUUCAAGAGCAGGUGUCAUGACAAUAGGAGAGCAGGCAAUGAAUGUUUUCUAUGUGAGAGAUGCUUCUGGGAACCCAGUGGAUAUGAAGAUUAUUGAAGCCCUUCGUAGAGAAAUCGGGCACACCAUGAUGCUUAAUGUGAAGAAACCACCGGUUAGUUCCAGAGAACCUGAAGCUAGAGGAUGGGCCAAAACAAGUUUCUUCUUUGGGAACUUGCUGGAAAGGUUCUUGGCAUGAGAACAUUUCUCUAUUGCAGUGACAGAAACAAUGAACUGUACAGGACAAUAAACCUGUUCAGUACAAAGUAUGGACAGGGCUUGAAAUAUACUUUUUGUCCAAGGAAUAAAUCUUGCAAGUUCAUGAAGUUUGAACUUAUGAACACUA